CAUCAACCACCCCUUGAAUUCUGCUUCAAUCUACCUUCUUCUUCAUCAUCAUUUUGUGUUCUUCCUCAUUUUUUCUUCAUUCUUUCUGGCAAUAUUCAGUAUAACAGCACGUUUCGUUACGAAUAUCUUUACGCUUUUCAGUACCCUAUCAUAUAUCCUUUAACCUAAAUUAACAAAUAAAAAUCAGGAGCAACAUUUUAAACUAAAUGGGGCGUGUAAAGCUACCAAUUUCAAGAAUAGUAAAUAACACAAAUAGGCAAGUGACAUUUUCAAAACGUAGGAAUGGGAUUCUUAAAAAAGCUUAUGAGUUAGCAAUUUUAUGUGACAUAGACAUAGCCCUCUUCAUGAUUUCUCCUUCUGGCCGCAUCAGCCUCUUCUCAGGCACAAGAAGGAUUGAAGAUGUCAUAGUACAGUAUUUCAAUUCGAAGGAUGAAGAAAGAGAAUCAGAUUCCGAAGUCGUUGUUAAUGACAAAGAGAAUGUUGUAACGACCUUGAUGAGACUCAAAAAUGAAGAAACAGCAUUACAAAGCUCCCAAGUUCUUAGUUCACAAGCUCAGGAAUAUAAACAGGAGGUUAUGAAGUUGCAACAGCUGCUUGAGUUAGCACAACAGCAAUUGAGAGUGUUGGAACCAGAUCCACAGAAGUUUACAUCUUUAGACGAUUUUAAUUCUUGCGAACAACGCCUUUCUGAGGCAUUGAGACUCGUCGAGAAAAGAAAGAAAACAUUAGUGACCGAUCAGUGCUCAAGUUAUCAAGAUACUGGAGAGCAAAUAAACACAGUAUUUCAGUACAUCAACAAUGCCCAAACAGAGGAUAAAAGAUCUCCUCCGCUUGAGAACCCAGAUUUUGGUUCUUGGGUCGAUCAUGUUCAGAAACUAGAUUUAGAGGGAUCAGAGGCUACAUCUUCAAUUUUCCUAAGGAAUCCGGAGCCAUCAAAUCAAUCAUUUCCCAGUCUCCUGGAACAAAAAAGUUCAGUCUCUUUGAAUGGAAUGCCGGGUCUAACACAACCUUCUCAUCAUACGGAGUUUGCAUCUUCUUGUCCAUUGCCUCCAAAGCAAGAAGACAAUGCGUACAACACCAAAUUAUAUUAAUAUUUUCUCUCUUUUUUUUUUCUAAUGAAAAAUUUGAGUUCUUUCUAUCCAUAAACUUGAUAAACGUUUCUUUGGUUCCCUUUGAUUUUAAAUUAAUUUAAUUCAAUUGUCACAUU